GCCAACUCGAUUAUAAGUCGGUGGCAUGGCCGACGACGACGAGCUCGAACGCGGCGCGCACCUCAAGCUCGCGCAGCGCCACCGCGUCGUCGUGCCCGGAACGCUCCACGGGCCUCGUGUGUGGCAGGCCGAGCUCCACUCGCCCGGAACGCUCGGCGCGGCCUCGGUGACGUUCUCGACCUCUGGCAACCUCCCCAAAGAGAGCAAGCUCGUGUUUGUGUUUCCAGACACGGGCUGGGGCUUUCCCGAUGUGCCGCUUGUCGUGGUUGCCGCGUCCGCGGGGCGUCCGUCGCCGCGCGCCAAGGCGGUGUGGCACCGCGCCACCCACACGCUCGACGUCACGACCCUCGACGAAGACAUCGAGGCCGGUGCCAUGAUCACGCUGACCGUGGCCGGUGUCGCGACACCGGCGUGCGCAACGCCAAGCGGGGAGCUCGUCGCGACGACGUUCGAGAAGAAGGUCGCUCGCAACACGGUGCCGCCCUCGACUCGCGGCGGCCACGUGAUUGACGGUCCAACGCGCAUGACGAUACCGUCGCUCGUCCCCGGGUUGAUCGCGGGCGAGCGCCGUUGGAUGCCACUCAAUUGCUGUCCGAAUGCCGUCGCAGACGUAUCGCUCGACUUGAAAGUCACGGGUUCGAUUCCCGCCGGCGGAAAAAUUCUUGUCGAACUCGCCCAUGACGGCGGCUGGGACAUGGACGCGACGCCAAAGAUUUCGCUCGACGUGCGACCACCGACGUCCUUGCAUGUGUUGGGCCCUGUCGCCGUCACCGCCACGUGGCACAAGGACCAGCAAGCACUCGAGAUGCGUCUACUCGACGGUUUGAUCCCGAUGCAGAGCACGAUCAAGCUCCUCGUGCACCAAGUGCACAACCCUGUUGGCGAGCGCCCCGAGGCCAUCGCCCGUGUCACGACGCUGGUCAGCAACGGCGGCGUCAUUGACGGACCUGUUAAAGUCACCAUGGCGCGCAUCAGUGAGCUUCGCGAGCUCGACUUUGCAAAAGCCUCGGAGGCAUUUGCCCGCCACGACCCAAAGGACGGACUCUUGACGCUCGAGACCGUGGUCGCGGCGCUAAAAGAGCUCUCGAUUCGUACAAGUGUCGACGCACUUCGAACGUCGGGGCUGCAGUGCACACCCAUCGAGGAGCCCAACCCCGCGGCCGCGGCUCCUCCCGUGCACAAGAAGGGCGAGGUCGCGCCCGUCAUUCCGCCCACCAUCACCCGCGACGGCGUCUCCCAUGAAGCCUUCCUCAACUACUUUACCACCGUGUACACGCCAGCGUUCAAAUUUGGGGAGGAACUCCGCACGGUCGCAGGUCGAGGGCUCCUCCCGCGCCUCCGCGAGCUGGCGCUCAACGGCUGCGACGUCAACGCCAAAGACGGUGCGGGGUGGACGGCUCUGCAUUAUGCAGCAGAACACGGCGCGCUCAAGGCGAUUCAUGCCCUCGUUGACGCCGCCCCCGCCCUUCACGUGGACGCUGUCGACGUGGCCGGCUGGACACCGCUCAUGUGUGCGGCGGCCAACGGGCACAUCACUGUCAUCUCUCGACUUCUCGAGCUCGGUGCGAACGUCAACCACAAGAGCAAGGAGGGGCGCACCGCGCUCCACUGGGCAGCCUCCCGCGGCAUGGAAGGCGCGGUGAGUUUUCUGCUGCUUGGCGGCGCCGAGAUUGACGCGAUCGACCGGAGUAAAUGGACGGCCCUGCAUUGCGCGGCCGUCCACGGCAACGUCGGGUGCGGGAAGCUCCUAUUGGAGUACGGUGCCGACCUCGCGACGACCGAUGCACUCGGGCGGAGCGGAUGGACGUACUGGGACGCUCCCGCUGCCGCGCUUCUCCAAGGACACAUUGAGAAGCUCCAGGCCAUGGGGAUGCUGGCCAAGAAGAGCUAAUCUACUGACAAUAAAAGAAAAUGCAAAAAAAAAAGAAUACACACG